UGCCGCGGCGAGACCUUCUCAUUUUCUCUCUCUCUCUAUUCGGAAGCAUCAGAGUCGCACCCAUUUCAGGAUCGGAGAAUGGAAUCCACAGUGAAGCAUGCUCUUGUGGUGAAGGUCAUGGGCCGGACUGGGUCUAGGGGACAGGUUACUCAAGUGAGAGUCAAGUUCUUGGAUGAUCAGAAUCGUUUCAUCAUGAGGAAUGUCAAGGGACCAGUGAGGGAGGGAGAUAUCCUUACCUUGCUUGAGUCUGAGAGGGAAGCCAGAAGGUUGCGGUGAUUUUAUGUUGGUCUCCUACCUCUGUUUUGUUGAAGUGCGCACGACUGUUAUUUCUGUUGGUCUAUGGCAGUUGUGCUGUUGUUGGUGUUACUUUAUGAUAUUUCUUGCCGUUAGUAGCAACGUCUGAGACUUAUUUUGUCAUGAAAUUUCUAUCUGUCUGAUUAAUACUUGAAUUAUCCUAUUUUAUAUUGAUGACUCUUUCAGCUAAUGUUAAGUUUGGAGGCGCAUUAGUCUUU